AUGGUGGCUGUGCGCAGUGGCUUCCAUCUCUAUCACAAGUUGCCCUCCAUAGUACCUGAAAGCUGUCUUCUUAUUCUGGUUGGAUUGCUUCUUGGUGGGAUUAUUUUUGGAGCACAGGAGAAGUCCCCACCUGUAAUGAACAGUGAUGUUUUUUUCUUAUAUCUUUUACCACCAAUUGUACUCGACGCUGGAUAUUUUAUGCCAACUCGCCUUUUCUUUGAGAACUUUGGUACCAUAUUCUGGUAUGCUGUGGUAGGCACGCUCUGGAAUGCCAUUGGCAUUGGGAUUUCACUUUUUGGAAUUUGCCAGAUCAGUGCGUUUGGCUUGACUGAUAUCACAUUGCUGCAGAAUUUGCUUUUUGGCAGCCUCAUUUCAGCUGUGGAUCCUGUGGCUGUGUUAGCUGUUUUUGAAAAUAUUCAUGUCAAUGAGCAGCUUUACAUCCUGGUGUUUGGAGAAUCUUUGCUGAAUGACGCUAUAACUGUGGUCCUGUACAAUUUGUUCAAGUCUUUCUGCCAGAUGCGCACAAUUAAGGUUGUUGACAUAUUCGCUGGGAUUGCUAACUUCUUUAUAGUGGGGAUCGGUGGAGUAUUGAUUGGAAUCCUUUUGGGAUUUGUAGCAGCAUUUACCACCCGUUUCACCCAUAAAAUCCGAGUGAUUGAGCCACUUUUUGUCUUCCUGUACAGUUAUUUGUCAUAUAUAACAGCUGAAAUGUUUCAUCUCUCAGGCAUCAUGGCGAUUACAGCUUGUGCCAUGACCAUGAACAAGUAUGUGGAGGAAAACGUUUCCCAAAAGUCUUACACAACGAUAAAGUAUUUUAUGAAGAUGCUGAGCAGUGUCAGCGAAACCUUAAUUUUCAUUUUCAUGGGAGUGUCUACAGUUGGGAAGAAUCAUGAAUGGAACUGGGCCUUUGUUAGUUUCACCCUCCUUUUUUGUUUAAUCUGGAGGGCACUGGGUGUUUUUGUCCUGACUCAGAUCAUUAAUGUGUUCAGAACAAUUCCUCUCACUUUUAAGGACCAAUUUAUUAUUGCCUACGGAGGUCUCCGGGGAGCUAUUUGUUUUUCACUUGUAUUUCUGCUUCCUCCUGCCGUAUUUCCCAGGAAGAAAUUGUUCAUCACUGCUGUUAUUGUGGUGAUAUUCUUUACUGUUUUCAUUCAGGGAAUAACAAUCCGUCCACUGGUGGAGUUUCUUGAUGUCAAAAGGUCAAAUAAAAAGCAGCCUGCUGUCAGUGAAGAAAUCUAUAACAGGUUCUUCGAUCAUGUGAAGGCUGGAAUUGAAGAUGUAUGUGGACACUGGGGUCACAAUUUUUGGAGAGAUAAGUUUAAAAAGUUUGACAAUAAAUACCUGAGAAGACUUCUAAUCCGGGAGAACCAGCCCAAAUCCAGUAUUGUUUCUUUAUACAAGAAGCUGGAAAUAAAACAUGCCAUUGAGAUGGCAGAGAGUGGGAUGAUCAGCAAGGUCCCGUCGUCGGUGUCUCUGAGUGAAUAUCAUGAAGGAAAAAUAAAGCCACUUUCUCCCACUGAAAUGGAAAACAUGCGGGAAAUAUUAACAAAGAAUCUCUACCAAAUACGACAUCGAACAAUGUCAUAUAACCGACAUAGCCUGGCUGCAGAUGCGAGUGAAAAGCAGGCCAAAGAAAUUCUGAUCCGUCGACGGCACAGCCUUAGGGAGAGCUUGAGGAAAACUAACAGCCUGUCAAGAGAAAGACCGGCUGCUGCAAAUACAAAAAGGUUUCUCUCACUUCCCAAAAACACUAAACUUCCAGAGAAACUACGAGUAAGAAAUAAAACAUCUUCUAAAGUGGGAGACAGCAGUGACUCUGAAAUGGAUGCUUCUACCACAGUGCUCAAUUUAAGACCCAGAGCAGGGAAAAUUUUGAGAGACCAGAGACAGAAACAGCAGAGGCCACUGCCUGAGUUUAGGAUGGAGUGGAAGAAUGAAGUUGAUGGGAAACAGGAUGGAGGAGGAACGAGCCAGGAGCCGAGCAGCCAACCUCAGCCAUCCGUUGGGUUCAGGCAACCACUGCUGACGAGACCAAGAUUUGGCACAUUGACCGGGGAAGAUUUGUCUACAGACCAUAGGUCAACAAGACCUAUGCCACCACCACGAUUAGUCAGGCAGGCGUCACAGGGGGAGAGGCAGAGAAACAAGCCUGAGAACCAGCCCUACUGAACAUAGCCAUGAUAGAGCUAU